AUGGGCGGCGGGGCGCGGGAGCUGGCCGGGUACCUGGCGGCGCUGGGCGGGUGGGUGGCGGCGCUGGCGGCGGCCGUGCUGCCGCAGUGGAGGCAGAGCUCGUACGCCGGGGACGCCAUCAUCACGGCCGUGGGGCUUCACGAGGGGCUGUGGAUGAGCUGCGCCGCCCAGAGCACCGGGCAGGUCCAGUGCCGCCUCCACGACUCGCUCCUCUCCCUCGACGUUCACAUCCAGACCUCCCGGGCUCUCAUGGUGAUUUCUCUCCUCCUGGGCUUCUUCGGCAUCAUUGUGAGCGUGGUGGGCAUGAAAUGCACCAAAGUUGGCGAAGAGGAUCCUAUUACCAAGAGCCGCAUCGCUGUUGCUGGAGGUGUCCUCUUCAUCCUCUCCGGUCUGUGCACGUUGGCCGCCGUGUCCUUGUACGCAACACAGGUGACCUACGAGUUCUUCAAAGAGAGCACCAUCCCCAUCAACGCCAGGUACGAAUUCGGCUCGGCUCUCUUCGUCGGCUGGGGGGCCGCCAGCCUCACCGUGCUGGGGGGCUCCCUCCUGUGCUGCUCCUGCCCCGCCAAGGAGCGGCGAGGACAGCAGUACUACCGACAGUCGCAGCCUUCGACGGCUCGGGAACCCCCUGUAAAAAUGUCUUCUUCACCCAUCAGGGGAGAGCCGUGCUUAUAGUCUGUCUUCACCCAUCAGGUGCUUGGUUGGCUGAACCCAACUUCUGGGGUUCCCCUCCAAAAAUACACACCAAAAACUACUGCAGUGAGGAUUGAAAAGGAAACUCGUGCUUUUAAAAAAACAAAAAAACAAAAAAUCAAUCAAAAAGGCGUUUUUAUAUCAAGCGCACGGCGUUGUAUGGAAGAAUGUUUUUAUUCUUUCAAUAUAAAAUUACAUUAACUUUUCUAUGGGACGCAUGGCCGUGGGAAUGGGACCGGUUGGGAUUUUUAAAUGCAUUUUUUUGCUGAUUGUUUGUACUAAAA